ACACGAAGUAGUAGUGCGUGGAACGCCAUUGAAGGUGCAACUAAAAGUUAAAAGUGAAUGAAAUAUCGCUUUGGACUCAGUGUCGGAGCGGUCCUCAGCGAUUAAUCAUUUAUUUAUUAUCAUUUUAUUGAUAGAUUGGUGUGAUAAUCUCUAUGAGUUUAAAUACGAAUUUCUGGUGGCGAUUCAACGAACGGGAUUUUUUCAUCAACUAAACCGGUCGUGCGGCGCCUGCAAGUGAUAACAACCGCAGGCCCCAAGGAGUACCAAAAAAAAUCUGUAAUCGAUGGGUUGAGAACGCCGAAGGUCGUUUUACCACUGAUUUAAUUCAUGUGAAAAAAAAAAAAAUUAUUUUUGACCGACACUGUUUAUGCCAGAGGGGAGUGACAAUUUACCAAUCACGUAGCUCACAGAUGAACCAAAAUGCUGAAGGUAGUGGGAGCCUCCUGGCUGCAGACCCGUAUCGCCACCUAUAUUUUGGUUGCCGUUGCCCUUAUGGGAAUCGGCGCCAUUAUACUCGGUGAAUUCGGAAGAAUUGACAACGACGGAACAUACGCAGCGGUAGUUACCUGGAAUCCGAAGGUGGGAUACAAAAUUGACUUCUGGGGUCAAGGUAAUGACCUCGAUACUUUACCGAGACGAGCAGCAAGGGGGUACUACAGAACAAGAAUCCAAGAGACCGGUUGGUCAUUUGUGGAGAUUGAAACAUCACCGAAUUAUCCAGAUGCUGUUCAAGCUUACGCAGCUGGACUCCUCGAGGGAAGUCUUACCUGGCAGCUCAUCCAUCACCAUUGGCACAAUACCAUUGAGGCACCAUGUAUUGGAAGGGAGGAGGUCUGCAACAAAAUCAGAAAAGGUCUAAAAGAAAACGCUCAAGCCACGGAAGACAGGGCGAAUGCUCUCGCCGCUGACGAUCCUUUCUGGCACAUGGUACGAUUAUUUUACACUCAAUUGGCUGGGCUGGAGCAAGGCUGGAGACAAGCGGUCAAACGCAGCAAAAAUUCGGCAGAGAUUCCACAUGAGGAUUUCCUUUGGCUUGCCAUGGCCUCUGACAUACCCAACUUUGGCUCUGAGAAUCAUCCAACUUCCGAGAGGAAUUUCAACGUCGAAGCUGGAGGAAUUCUCGUGAAAUCCGUGCCAAAGGAUGACAACAAUCACGAGGCAUUGAUUGGAAUAAUCCACAGCACAGCUGCACCAUAUCAAAAAAUGUUGAGACUAUUGAAAAAAUACACAUUCGGUUAUCACCUUAAUUCGGCUAAAAAUUCAGCUCGAGUGGCAACUCGUUCAGUCGUGGCAUCAUCGUACCCAGGGGCAUUAUCAUCACAAGACGAGUAUUACCUUCUUUAUGGCCAGAAAAUGGAAGAGAUUAUGAUCAUAGCUGGUACCCCACUGGCGCCAUUCAAACCUGACAGCGAGGAGACAGAAGGGGAAAUUAUUGUCUCAGAAAAAUCGGAAUCUCACACUGUGAUGUCAUCAGCUAGGAUAAUGUCUUCCAACUGGCUUGCCACUUCCGCUCUGUCCUGGGGCCGUUAUCUGGCACGUCGUCGUGCCCCUGAGGACAUCUCCAGACCUGUCCAGUGGAUCCUCACAACUCCCAAGAACAUCUCCCUCUGGAUAAUCGAGCAACACCCGUCCGAAACUCAUGCAAUCGAUUACACUAAAAUAUUCACCACUACCAAGUUAUUAUUCUGCAACGGUAAAUCAGUCUUUGAGCACAAAAAGUCUAUCCCCUCACCGACAAUCGCGUCACCGGAUCUUCGAGAGAUUCAAGUGCCUCCAGAAAAUGGGGAACAUCUUCAAGGAGUCGAGAGAAUUGAGAUACAAGACCAAAGGGGAGAGAUUAUUCAGGAGACAAACAAAGUUGGAGACAGCACUUCAGUCUCUUACGAAGUUAAUUCGACCUUGAACUCUAAAUUACUCAGGGAAACACCUGGAGCAGAAGAGGUAAUGGGUUACAGGGGUGAUCUUGAGGUAGUAGCUGUUCCUUUUGGUAAUAUUGAUACUAAAUUGGUGCUGAUUGGGUCGGGGGGAAUUAGGACUUUCGAGGCAACUUCCGGUCCUGGAUACCUUGGAAAUGAUUUCGAGUGGAAAAGGGACUUCCCCGGGGUGACGCAUGUUGGACAGCCUGACCGAUUCCAUUUUGGGCCGGUCACGCCAUCUUGGGCGUGGGUUUAGACGCAUUUAUUUGGUGGAUUUUAAUGAUUUUUAAAUAGAAUUUUUUUUUAGACGUGAUCUUGACGUGCUAUUGUCUCCAGGUGUUUCUCAUCAUUUGCUACAGAUUUUUUUAAAAUGAUUUUAAAGUGCAAUUUUAUCGAUGUUUGACGAUAUUUUUUUUGUAAUCAUGAUGAAUCGUCAGUGAGCUACGUGUAAAUAAAAAGGUCAAAAAUA